CCCGCCAAUUCCGAUUGAGGAGCGCGCAGGCAGGCAGCGGGUCAGACUGAGGGAGUAAUGUGGGAGAUGAGAAAGAAGAAUGCUUUACGUUUCAUGUAAAACAAAUGUCGUUUUAACAGCAGCAUCACAUUUGGCUUGGUUACCGUGAAGUAUACCCGGCCGUUUACGUGUUUUGCCGGUGAAAACUCAGGAAGCGCUCGGAGCCCCGGCUGACUGUGUCGGGAUGUUGGCGGCGGAGAACCCCUCUGUAGACGGACACUUAGCUGCAUCGACUCCCCGCAGGAGAGGCAUGGAUUGUAAGGCAUUGAGUAACAAUGCCAACAAGAAACUAGUUCAAGCUCGUCUCCCAUUCAAGCGCCUGAACCCUGAGCCCAAAGAGGACCAGCCGCGUAAACGCCCCUGUGCACACACCUGCCCUAAUCCUGGAGUCUCCGACAGGGAGAACGAGUCCUCUGAACUCCCUGUGCACAGUGGACCACCCUUGGUUAAUGGUCGCGGACCCCUUGAUGGCUUCCUGAGCCGUCGGCGCUCUGCAGCAUCCGAUGAGAUCGUGGUAAUAGACCUAACCUCAGAAAACAGUACAUCUCCCACAAAGCGCCUUCUUCCACCUCCUCCUGCUUCCCCCUGCCUCCCGCCAAAAGUCGAGCACGAGGAUAAAGACAAAAAUUCCUCUUCUGAGAAAUCCAGCAGUGUCGAUCAAACUCCUAGUGCAGACACUUUAGACUGCACGUUAUCUGAAGACGAGGAGGAGGAGGAGGAAGAAGAAGAAGAGCUGGAGGAGAAAGAUGAGAAUCAGACCGCCUCCACGUCUCAGCUUGACAUAACGCAGGAUUCUGAGAGUGAGCCAGAUGAGCAGGACGAGUCAGGAAAUGUGUCAAGUUUAGGAAACAAGUCCAUGCUUUCUGCUUCAUCCGCCAGCUCCUCAUCUGAAAGCUCACCUGAGAAGUCCAAGACUGAUAAAUCUACACCUGCUACUACGCCUACAGAGCCAAAGACAACGCCGAAGACACCAUCGGAUCAGAAGGUCAAGAGACGCUCAUUGAAGAGUUUACAAGAACAAGAGGAUAGGCUUCGGCUGCAGCAGGAAAAGGAGCGCCAGAAAGAAGAGGCGAAAGCUGCAAAGGAGAAAAAGAAAGAGGCGGCCCGCAAGCUGAGAGAGGAGCAGCAAAAGGAGAGACGGGAGAAGAAAGAAAAAGAGGAGCAAGAGAAACGAGAGAAGAAGGAGAAGGAGGAGAAAGAAAAGGCUGAGAGGUUAAAAGUAAAAGAGGAGCAGCGUAAAUCAAAGCUCGAGGCGAAGCUGGAAGAAAAGCGCAAGAAAGAGGAGGAGAAGAAGAUAAAGGAAGAAGAGAAACGGUUGAAAGAAGCAAAGGAUCGGCAAAAAGCUGAGAAAGCAGAAAUUACACGGUUUCUUCAGAAGGCCAAAAUCCAGCAGGCUCCAAAGACUCUUGCUGCAGCUUGUGGGAAGUUUGCUCCGUUCGAGAUCAAAGAAAACGUAUACCUGGCCCCACUGUGCAGGGUUCACUGUGACGAAUCUGUGCUGGAGGAACUGGAUCAGUGUUUGUUGAACCCUGCUAAAAACCUGAAUGGACUGAAGGACUGGAUUGGGCAAAAACCUCGCUGGUCAGGACCCACAAACCCCCGACAGACUGAUCCACUCAGCGAUUGUGUUACGGUGGAUGGGCCUAAACCUGUAGAUGUACCCGAUCGUAAACGCCAUGGACCCAUGAAGCUGCUGCAGUUCCAUGGAAACUACCGUCCAGCCUACUGGGGCACCUGGAGUAAGAAGAGUUCACACAUUUCUCCUCGCUGCCCGCUCAGACAAGACAAGGUCUUGUUGGACUACGAGGUGGACAGUGAUGAAGAAUGGGAGGAAGAGGAACCAGGAGAGUCUCUGUCACACAGUGAAGGGGAAGAUGAGGAGGAAGGAGGUGAAGACGACGAUGACGACGGCUUCUUUGUUCCUCAUGGCUACCUUUCAAACGACGAGGGGGCUUUGGAAGAAGAGGAAGGUGGCGACCUGGAGAAGCAGAAACUACGGCAGACACUGAAAGCGAGGGAGUGGGACGAGCUGAUGUCCAGUAAGAAGAAGAUGAAGGUGCUGGAGCCGGUGGUGAAGGGCUGUGUCUGGGAUGGAGAAGGACCUGGCUUGCAGCUCUUCCAACCGUACGCUGUGUGUCUCGUUGAGCCCUUACCCAAGGCAGAGAGCAGCCCGAGCCCUGAGGAGCUGUCCCAGAAGAGUGAGAGAGAAGCACAAUUGCUCGCUCGGCUGCUUCCUCUCCUGCACGGCAAUCUCAACAGCAGCAAAAUGAUCAUCAGCGAGUUUCAGGAGUUUUGUCGUCAGCAGGCGUCUUCCUCCACGUCUUCGUCGCCUCCAGCACUGUCCAGCCCUCCAAGCCCAGCAGAAAGAGUUCCCACCAGGAUACACGUGAAGCGCAUCAUCAAGAGCAACGCCGUGUAUGAGAAGCGCUCCACCUACAGACGCUGCUGCUGGUAUGUGCACACAGAGGUCCUGUCCCGUUUCGGCCUGGAGGCCCUGCCUGUGCCCUGCCAGUGGACCUACCUCACUCCAGGAGCUCGAGAAGAGUCCCGUGAAGAACCCCAGGCAGCCACAGGCUCUCAGGGAAACUCUCCCACUACACCUCAGACCUCUUCCACCACGCCUUCAUCCUCCAACAAGAGAAAGAGCACAGGCAGCAUGUCCAUCACCAAGUUCAUGAAGAGAUGUACCGACACUGAGCAGACCGGAGCUGCGGAGGCGGACGGUUUUCAAGCCGACAAUGAAGACGAGGAUGAGGAAGAGUGUGUCAUCGUUUCUACACAGAGCGGCUCAACCCGAGAGAAGUCCUCCAGAGAGGGAGACUGUCUGAUGGAGGUCACUCCCUCUGACACGGCUUCUCUUCCUGUGGCCAGCGCUGCUCCGACACUCGCCACUGCCUGACUACAGGAUGGUCCCUCGGUUCUGACCAAGAAGCCACCCCACUGUCCCUCAACGAUUCCUGUGCUCUGACUCUGAACCCUGCUGUUUCCAAGACAGAAUCAGAACUCCAUGCAAGACGAAGCAUCCCACUCGCAGCAGGCGGAGCUGUGCUGUAUUACGAGUCUCACGCACCUAAUUUUUCUUAAAGGAGUCCGGAGGCAAACGCUGCCUGUAUUAUGUAGUUGUGCAUUACAUUUGUGUUUUCCUUGAUUAUUGAGAUCGGGUUUGUCCGAUUGGCUGGUCUGAUUUUGUAUGUUUCAAUCAGGCGAGUUUGGAAGGGGCCACUUUAAAAACGGACGCCUCUCACUGCUGAUUGAGCAGAAUGGAAUUUCCCCAAUUCUCAAAAAAAAGAGGCGUCCAAAAAAAAAUCAGAAACGGCGUGAUAUAGUUUGUGAGUUUUGUAUUCAUGAUGGAAUCGGACGACCUCUGGUAUAACUGUUUAUAUAUAUGUUACCACAUUAAGAGUUGGAAACGGAGAGGCUGAAAGUCCAUCCGUACAUUUACCCCCCUCGAUGCAUUCAUUCUGCAGUUUCUCUUUCGACUCACUGGAGUAGUUUCUAGACCUGUACCGUAAAGUCCAGUGUCGCCAUGUUUUAUAAAUAUGUAUUUUUGAAGAAUACUUGAACAGGAUAAAUUCAUUAAACAUGAAUAAAAGUA